AUGGCUUCUGAGCACAGUGCUGUACAACAACCAAGUUCCUUGUCUAUGACUCACACCACAGUAGACUUCACUCAUGGCUCUGUGAUGGGUGGUUUCUUGGUGAUUUUCAUCUUUGAAUCCAGGGCGGCUCAGCUAAGUGCAGAGAGCGCGGCUGGGGCUCCCUAUGAAGGCAGCGUGGUUCUCCUUCUCCCCAACCUGAAUCCCGGCCGCACGCCGAGCCCAGAGCCAGGGGAGCAGGCCGGUCUGGCGCGGCGCCUCCGGCCGCCUUUCCCCGCGGAGCUGAGCGCCUGGCCGGCUUCCAAGAGCGGCAUCCAUCAAGGGCUUUCUGCGGAUGGGACUCUGCGCGGCCUGCUCCCGCGCCCGGGAGGGACGGGCCGUUUUCGGGGGCGCCGGAAGGAAGGCGCCGCUGACAAGGGAGGCCUCGCCGCCGGCCGGCUGGGCGGGCACCGCCACCUGCGCGCCUCCCUCGUCCCGGGCGCAGUUUGCGCGCAGCCCCGCAGAGGGACCACCCGCACCUCAGGGCGCAGCGCGCCCGCCUGGGUCCGCCGUGCGACCCCGCCUCACCCGAGGGCCGCCUCACCGUCCUCCCGCCGCUGCUCCCUCCGCCGCCCGGCCUGCCUCGCCCUCGGGCGCCGGCCGCGUCCCUCCGCUCCGCCUGGGCCCCCAAGCCGGGCGCCGGGCUCUUCCGCGGCGGCGCAGCUCUUCCCCGCGCCGGGCUCUGGGCCUCCGCGUCCGCUGGAGCCGGGCUCCUCUCUGUCGGCUCCGUCCGGCGGCCCCGGAGCCCCGUGUCCUGCCGGGGAGGAGGAGGAGGAGGAAGAGGCGUCAGGGAUCCAGAGAUUCUUCGAUCGGGCUUGCAAUUCUCCUUCCUCGAGAAAGAAAUGGCCACACUGUGGAAAUUCAGGGGAGAAAUAA